GGCGCGGCCCAUGGUACUUCCGGAAACAGCGCCGGGCCCGGUCCGAGCGCCGGGCGGGGAGAGGAGCUGCUGGGAGGGGAGAGAAACCAUGCCAUUUUUGGGCCAAGACUGGAGAUCCCCUGGAUGGAGAUGGGUUAAAACAGAAGAUGGAUGGAAACGAUGUGAGCCCUUUACUCCUGCACUUGAGGAUGGGAAUAAUCAGCUGAAUGAUAUCAGCCACACUGUCAUCAUAACCGGGGAUGAUGAGAAAGAAGUAUACAGUACUGAAGACUGUGAGUUUGCAGCCAAGAAAAGGAAAAAAGAUCAUUUUAGGAAUAACACGGAUUCACAAUGUUUUUAUCGUGAAAAGUGGAUUUAUGUUCAUAAAGAAAGCACCAGGGAAAGACAUGGCUAUUGCACCCUGGGAGAAGCUUUUAACCGCUUAGAUUUUUCAAGUGCAAUUCAGGACAUCAGAAGGUUCAAUUACGUGGUCAAACUUUUGCAGCUAAUUGCGAAAUCCCAGUUAACUUCACUGAGUGGUGCAGCACAGAAGAACUACUUUAACAUUUUGGAUAAAAUUGUGCGGAAGGUCAUGGAAGACCAAUAUAAUCCACGAUUAAUCAAAGAUCUUCUGCAGGAUCUGAGUUCUACUCUCUGUAUACUGAUUAGGGGAGUAGGAAAAUCUGUGUUGGUAGGGAACAUCAAUAUUUGGAUUUGCCGAUUAGAAACUAUCCUUCUGUGGCAGCAACAAUUAAAAAACCUUCAGAUGAACAAGCAAGUCAGCAAUGGUCUUACGCUCAUGGAUCUCCCUCUCCAUAUGCUGAAUAACAUCUUAUACAGGUUCUCUGAUGGCUGGGACAUUAUUACUCUGGGUCAAGUGACCCCAACUUUGUACAUGCUUAGUGAAGACAGACAGUUGUGGAAAAAACUCUGCCAGUACCAUUUUGCAGAAAAGCAGUUUUGUAGGCAUUUGAUUCCAUCAGAGAAAGGUCACAUUGACUGGAAGUUGAUGUACUUUGCACUUCAGAAAUAUUACCCAAUAAAGGAACAGUACGGGGACACCUUGCAUUUCUGUCGACACUGUAGUAUUCUGUUUUGGAAGGACUACCACCUUGCUUUGUUACUCCAGGAUACAGGACAUCCCUGCACAGCCAGUGAUCCAAACACCUGUCUCAUGCCAGUAUCUCCUCAGCAUUUCAUUGAUCUAUUCAAAUUCUGAGGUGUUCAGUAGCUGUUCUCCUGUGUUCGUGGCCAUUUUUGUGAAGAAUCAGGCAGGAUAUGUUAUGCUUUUUGUGCAAUAUAUUUAAGUGUAAUGUUUUAUUGUAGUUUAAAAAAAUGUGUGUGGGAGAUUAUCAGACAGGUUUAUUUGGUGUAUUGCUUUUGUGCAGAAAAGACAGGAGGAGAAGGAGAUGCAUUAAAAAAAUUUCUUUGUCAGGAAAUCUGCAGUGGACUUUUUUUUAAGUCCAAGAAAGAUCACUUAAAUCUCAACUUUAAAUCCAUGCUUUUGACGCCUUAAUAGUUGGUUAAAAUUAUGUGGGGGAGUUUUGAAAAUUUCAUGGAAGAAUUAAACUACUCUUGCAGGGACCAAAGGAGGGGUUUUUUUUGUUAAUCCUUCUUUCUUUAAGCCACAGUUUUCAAAACACCUCCAUGUAAUUUGCACUAUUAUAAAGAAUAGGCCAAUAUUCUCUUAGACUCUUACUACAUCGUUACCAGGGUGACAUUAAUCAUUGUGAGGUAGUGAAUAAAAUAUAACUGUGGUUAUAUCUGCUGUUGAACCUAUAUGAAUGAAGGAAAUCAACCAAUCUUUGUACAUACAUUGUGCAAAUAUAUUUAUUUUUCUUAAAGACUUUAUUAAACAUAUAUAACCUAUCUCAGCACAUCCCGCAGAACUCGACACCAAUCUGGGGCUACUGGAAAUCUCAUUUUUCUGAUGGUAGCUACAGCCUUCAUUUAUACUGUUUGGAAUGUCUACAAAUGCAACCACAUCAAUUCAUCUUCUAAGAAGAAGAAAUUAUUGAAAUUUAAGGAGAAUGGAGUUGCUCGUUCUGGUACAGUGGCAGAAGCCUAUGCUACCAAACGAGGUUCUAACCUCGGGGGUUUGAAGCUAUGGGGAACACUGAAGGUCAGUUUGAGCUCAAGCACCUUCUGCCAAGUUAAUCAGAUGAUAAAUUCUCAAGGAAGUUAUUUUCAUCUAUCCUGUAGAACAAACUAAAUUGCUUGGCUUAGGCAGGUAAAGGAAAAAUUAGGGAAGUUUUGGGUUUGUCAGUGAAAUUUAAAAAUAUGUAAUGUACAGAAAAAAUAAAUUAUGUACCAUAUUCUGCACUUGCCUGUUCUGAAUCUAGUUUUGUACAGUGUAAUAAAUCAUGGUUUUAUCUGUUA